UGAGGAUUGGCGGGAAAUCUGUGCAAAUUAACUCCCUUCGUUGGAAAAGAUGGCUGUCAACCCUGAGAGCAGGGAAGUGGACAUUAAAGAACCUUACGGUCAAGUGAUGCUUCAAUACCUAUACCAGCAGGUGGUCAGUAAAUCGGAACAUUGUGAUGUGGUUGUCAUGGUUGGUGAUGAGGAGAUGUCCUGUCACUGGUGUGUGCUGACAACUCUUCCAUAUUUUCAAUCUCUUUACAACAGUGGACUUCAGGAAAAGCUAAAUGGGAAGAUUGAGAUCAAUGUUGGAACACCGGAGGCGUUGAGACAAGUAUUGACUUUCUUGUAUACUGGCAAGGUCACUUUGGAAUAUGCCACUUUAAAGGACACCCUGCAAGUUGCAGACUAUCUGCAGUUUGACAACAUGAAGUAUGCAUUUGAUAAAUAUCUACAAAAGAUCACACUUACAUUGGAUAAUUGUAUUCCUCUCAGUCUGAUGGCAAUGGAAUAUGGAUUGGACACUUAUUCGCAAAUUGUAAAAUUCAUGCAAGAAAAUAUGCUUCAAGUAUUAAAGCAUCCAGAUGCUAUGCAGUUGACUGCUGAUUCAAUUGAAUCUAUGGUCAGAGAUCCUUUACUAAGCUAUGUCCCAAAACUUGUUUUCUUGAAUUUCAUGGAAACAUGGGUUGACUUUGAUGUUUCUCAAAGGGAAAAGCACUUUCCAGACAUGUUUCGCGAGCUAGACAUUCGGAAGAUUUCUGUUGAACAGUUGGAGAAAGUUGAGAAUAGCAAGUAUGUGAAAACCUCUGGAAUUUGUCUUCAAAGAUGUGAAAAACUGAGGAAGAUGUUUGAAUCAGGAGCAUUACCUAAUGAUGGCAAGUCAAAUGUUUUGAUUGUUUGGGGAGUGCAUGAUGACAAGUAUGAAUAUUCCUCAUAUACUCGACAUUACAAUCACAUUUAUGCUUAUGAUUUAAAGAAACAUAAAUGGAGUCUCCUGAAUAAAUUUGAAUCAAAUUUAUCCUUUUUUCAUCCAGAAGAGCAAUUGAGAUUUGCUUUUCACAAACAGAGCAAUUCAUUAUGCAUGAGCAAUGGUCAGAGUCGUGACUUUUAUUCCCAAAAAGACAAUGUGUUAUCUGUUUCAUGUCUUAGUUACAUGAAGGGUCAUAUUCAAAAGCAGGAUUUUGAACUUCCAGAAGACUUUCAUGUGCACAAAGAAACCAUUGUAGUAGAGGGAAUGUUCUUUCCUGACGAUUCAGAUAAAAUGUUUAUCUUAGCAACUGGUCUGAAGAAAAAGAACCAAGAACAAGCAGGUAUGUUUGUUUUCCUUAUGAGUAUAGAUGAGACAAAAACCCAAUUGAAAGAAAUCCACCCAGUUCUAGAUGGUAAAAAGGUUGAAAUAAAGGCAUGCCUUUCCAAAGGCAAACUGUUGUAUGUUCUGUCAAAAGCCAUGCAUAAAGAAGGCGAAACAAAGUUAAUGGUAACUGAUUUGUGUCAAGAGAAACUGAUAUUCACUACCAUUGAAUGUCCAAAUACAUUGGGCUUUGUGUGUGUAAUGAGUUCGUUUGGGGAUGGUAUUAUGCUUGCAAAGAAAGAAGACAACACCUUGCGGUAUGAGAUACUAGACAGAGAAAACAUGGAAUGGAUUGCAUAUGCAACAGAUGAUUUACCACCGAAAUUUAAAGAACCUAGGAUAACACAGUGUGCUGAAGGUGAGAAUGACUCAGUUUAUGUUGUACAUGAUAAAUGGUUAAGUGGUUUAUCUAAAGCAAAAAUUAGUGUCUUUGAUCCGAAAACUGCUGAACUAGAGUGGUUGAAGCCUAUUCCAAAGACAUUGCAUUCAGUUCAGCUUAUGUUUGCAAGAAUCCCUAAUGAAUUUGUGAGCUGUCACAAAUUUUGUCCGCAUUGCAAGAAGUUGGAACUAAACCGGUUUGAAAAAAAAGAAAGGGAUCGUAUUGAUCCAUAUUAUGAGGCUAACUGGGACAGAGAUUCUGACUAUAAAGACACAUAUUACGAAGAAGAAUGUGAGGAAAUAUAUGAGGUUGACAUAUAUGAAGAUGAUAACACUGACUUUGAAUGGAGCUCCUGUGAUGAGGGUCAUGAUGGAGAUAGCAUGGAAGAGGCAGAGGAGGAGGUUGAAUGUAAAGAUGAUGAAGACAAUGAUAAUGAAAACAGCAACAAAGAGGUAGAGAAAGGUGAUGAGUGUACCGAUGUUGAAAACAAUGAUGAUCAUGAUGAAAACAGCAACAAAGAUUGAAAUAAUGUUGAAUGUAAAUAAAUAAAUGUAUAACGGUAGAGACAAUGAUUAGGACGACAUUGAUGAUGACAACAGCAAGGAAAAUAAGGAAUGCAAAGAUGAUGAAGAUGAGAAGGACAUUGAAUGUGAAGACACUGAAGACAAUAAAUUAUGAAGACAAUAGCAAGAAGCAGAAGAUGUGGAGAUUAAAUGUUUAGAUGGUGCAGACAAUGAUGAGGAUGACAAUGAUAGAGAUGAACAUGAUAAAACCAAUUAAAUGUGAGGCUUGUUCAUAUUAAAAUAAAGGUUGUUUGGAUGCGACUUGUAUACCUACAGAUUUUUGUGACAAGAAAAAGGAAAUAUUUCAAAACUAUAUUUUUAUACUCCCAGGAUUUCAUUUUCUUAGUCUUCUUUUUUACUUACUUACACAAAGGUAAUUUUUUAUGACGACGUUUUAAUUCUGUGUAAAUUGUAUAUCUGUUAAAUAUGUAAAUUGAUAUGCGUAAAUGUGUAAUUCUAAUAGAAUUUCUAAAUUUUUGCGUCACAUACCGUAGCACAUGGUUUGGGGAUAAAAAUUGUAUUCCAUUUAAAUGAUAUCAAAAUUGGCUGACAAUGUUCUGUUCUACCUAGGGUCAUAAAUAAGAUAGAUUCAUGCUUUAUGGAAGGAUAUUUUUAAAUACUUGUGUUUUGAUAAAUCAAUGAAUGAUAAAGAAAAACAUGUUCAAUACAGUGAGGAGAGUUUUACAGUAAAUAAAAAGGUUGUAAAU